AUGUCGCUGGUUUCGCACAUUCUGCGCCGUUCCAUCUCGCAAUCAAUUGCUCGUAAUGCUCAGGUCGGUGGACCGUCUGCCGUGGCCGGCCAUGAAGCCGGUGGCUACAAAGUGUGGAAGAAGCUGUCGUUCUUUGUGGCCAUGCCCGCUGUCGGCCUGUGCAUGCUGAACGCUUACCUGAAGCACCAGGAGGAGCACGGACAUCCGCAACCGGAGUUCGUCAAGUACGAGCAUCUGCGCAUCCGGAACAAGCGUUUCCCGUGGGGCGAGGGCAACAAGAGUCUGUUCCACAACCCGCACACCAACGCACUGCCAGACGGUUACGAGCAUUAG